CUCCAAACCAUCAGAUGUCAGUCUCGCUUCAUUGCGCUCUUUGAACCGGAGAGCGCUGAAUGAUCCGCGGAUGUUUUUAAUUAGAUGGAGGUUACCUAGCAGUGUAAUUCAAUCCCGUUUACCUGCGACAUACACCAAGUUAGAAAUUACGCCAGCCUAAAGACCCGAUCCGUUGAAUUUGAGUACUGUUUUAUCAUUUCCUCGGUCGACACAAACGAUGUCAGCCAGCUGCGGGCGGAAUCCUCCUCCUUUCCCUGAUAAUGAAGACCAGGAGGCUGAAUUAGACAACCGAGUCCUGGACAGCGAUGAUGAUGAUGAUGAUGAUGAUGAAGAAGAAGAAGGGGACAACAUAUUCACUGGAGCCAGAAGUAAACCGAUAACACCCUCGCCUGCUGCUGAUGAAGCCCCUGAGGUUGAUAUCUUCAGUGAGGAGGGCUCUUACAUCAGGAGAGAUGUUCAUCACACCUCUAAUGGCCUUCAUUCUGAUGAAGAGCUGGAUCUGUUCACUGAGGCCACUGUAGAACUGACACUCACCAACACCACUAGUCAAGGGAGGAGAGAGAUUAUUGGCCCGACUGCAACGGCUUCCAACCCCACACAUAUUCCUAAUUCCAUACACAAAUCUAGCAUUGUCACCAAGACCAUGGAGGAGUUGGAGGAGGAAGAGGUUGGAGAUCAAUUUGAGCUGAACAUUGCAGUCACCAACCCAGAGAAAAUGGGAGAUGGCAUGAAUGCCUACAUGUCUUACAAAGUGUCGACUCAGACUACACUGCCCAUGUUCCAUAAUAAGACGUUCACUGUGCGUCGGCGGUUCAGUGAUUUUCUGGGUCUGUAUGAGAAGCUGUCAGCCAAACACUCCCUGCUUGGCUGCAUCAUCCCAUCUCCACCUCAGAAGAGUGUAGUGGGGAUGACUAAAGUGAAAGUAGGGAAGGAAGAUUCAUCCUCAGCAGAGUUUGUGGAGAAGAGACGAGCAGGACUGGAGAGGUAUCUGCAAAGGGUAGUGGCCCAUCCGUCUCUGCUGCAGGACCCUGAUGUCCGGGAGUUUUUAGAGAGAGAUGAGUUGCCCAGGGCGGUGAAUACUCAGACUUUGAGUGGACCUGGCCUACUAAAGAUGAUAAACAGAGCAUCGGAUGCUGUGAAUAAGAUGACCAUUAAAAUGAAUGAAUCAAAUAAUUGGUUUGAGAGUAAGUUACAGGAGCUGGAGAGUGAGGAGCAGUUGUUGAGGAGACUCCACGCUGCUGUUGACUCAUUAGUAUACCACAGGAAAGAGUUGUGUAGUAAUACAGCAGUGUUCAGUAAGACUGUGGCAAUGCUGGGCAGUGUGGAGGAGAACUCUGCGCUGUCUCGUGUGCUGUCACAGCUGGCAGAAGUGGAGGACAAGAUGGAGCAGCUUCAUCAGCAGCAGGCCUUUAGUGAUUUCUUCAUCCUUGCAGAGCUGCUGGCUGACUACAUCAGACUGCUGGGGGCUGUGAGGUGCUGUUUUGAGCAGAGGAUGAAGGUCUGGCAGCGUCUGCAGGAAGCUCAGUGCACACUGCAGAAGAAACGAGAGGCAGAGGCAAAACUGCUCUGGGCAAACAAACCUGACAAGCUGCAGCAGGCGAAAGACGACAUCAAUGAGUGGGAGUCUAAAGUCAGUCAGUAUGAGAGAGAUUUUGAAAGAGUCACCUGUACGGUGCGCAAAGAAGUGCUGAGGUUUGAGAAAGACAAAACCAGAGAUUUCAAACAGCACAUAGUGAAAUACCUGGAGUCCCUGCUUCACAAACAGCAUCGGCUUGUGAAGUGCUGGGAGGCCUUCCUGCCGGAGGCCAAAUCCAUCGCCUAAUCAGUGUUACCUCACACACUCCUAACCUUUGACCUUGACAACAGACAAUCAACAUUUCUCCCUUCCUCUAUCCUUUGCUCUCUCUGUUUGUCAAAUAACAUGUAAUUGAUACCUUUCAAUGAGGAUGAAUCUCUAGUUUGUGAUUGUAAUCCUGUGCAGUGAUCCAUGUCACUGCUGGCAAUUGAAAGUUGAGUGGAAAGGUUAAAGGUCAGAGCAGCUUGAAGCAGGUACAGCAGUGUGUGGGGGUGCAGCAAGAAUAUUUUGUGUGUUUGUGUGUUUAGUGUUAUCCUUGAGGUUUGUCAUGGUGCUUGGCCUGUGUAGUGUUUUAGUAGAGACUUUAAACUGCCUUUUAAGAUUAAGUUUCAUUCUCAUGUCAUGGAUGUGCACAGGGAUGAGGUGGAACAUUAUCCACUCUAAAUAAAAAGAGAGACCAUUUUUUAGAGUACAAACACUUGAUGUGUUUCUAUGGGCAUUCCACCCAGCCUGAGAUUGCACCACAUAUUUCAAACAGUAGCAAAUGUAUGGUAUGAUGUGAAGAAUGAAUUACAAACUAUGAAGUGAAAAUAAUGUCUUUUGAAGUACCCCAGUAUGUGUUAAUAAUAAUUUUAAUGUCAGUUGGUAAUUUUAAUUGAUAUUUUUAUGUUCUCCACCACAUGCUCUGAUCUGUACUGGUCCAGAUAAAGUUGGACAAACAAUUAUAUUAAAAAAGAUUCUCGAAAAUUCUAUGAACUUGUUAAUGAGUACAUUACAAAGAAAGUACAAGGUUUAAUGCCUUUGUACUGAGGAAGUACUUAUUUCGUCUUUAUCAUUUAAAGCUCUGCUGCCAUAUUCAUGUUAUCACGCUACCUGUUGAAACCAGGAUUGUAACCACUAGUUGUUGACCAAUAAGGGGUUUUCAAUGGCCGAUACCAAUAUUUAGAGCAGGAUGGCCAAUACAAAUGCAGAUAAACCUAAUACAAUUAGAAAACACCAAAUCAGAUGUUCACAAAAUGUCUAAAGCGAAACAAACACUUAUUUUAUGCAAUAUUUACUCAAAUUUGCAUAAACUUUAAAAGAAAUAAAGUUGACAAUUUUUUUUUUAAAUCUACUGGUAGAAUGUGUAAUUUUCAAGUUUUUUUUUUCUUGACAAUAAUACUCUCUGCUGUUAUGCAUAUUUAUGUAUUGUAACCUCUUUUUAAAUGUUAAUGACCUGGUAAAAGAUGUGCACUUGUUUAACAGUCCUGUAAAACAUUUAGCCUUUUUGGUAAAAAUAAAAAGAGAA